AUGCUUCUCCGAACCCUGAGCCGGAGCACGCUCUCUCAGGUUUUUCGUUCCAGGAACAUGUCCGACUAUGAAAGCUCUAUUAGUUUAAAAAGCCUGUAUCCUGGGUCCGAGGAGAAGGUUGAGAAAGGAGGUUUUUCCGGAGAAUUCUCCGGGGUUAUCCCAGUCAAGGAGCUGACAGCAACCUACUCCUGUAGUAGUGGACCAGGAGGACAGAACGUUAAUAAGGUUUCUACUAAAGUAGAUUUAAGAUUUCAUGUUGAGUCAGCAACUUGGUUGAGUUCUGAGAUAAAAUCUAAAGUUUUGGAAAAAUAUUCUUCUCAGCUGACUAAAGAUGGUUGGAUGGUUGUUAAAUCAGAUCGAACAAGGUCUCAGAGCUUAAAUCAGGCAGACGCUUUAGAGAAACUUCGCAAUGCAAUCCGGUUAGCUACGCAGCCUGAUAAACCUUUAUCUACUGCAGAGGAAAAGAGAAUGUUUGGGAAGGGAUACUUCGAGGGAGAUUUCAGGACGAAACCUAUAGUUAACAACAGAGGAGCGACCAGGGCAGAGAACAAGGAACAGUUACUAGAACGUGCUCGAUUAGACAGGAAAAAUAGAGAGGCCAAGCGCGCUGAGACACACGCUGCAGUUCGAAUUCAAGCCUUGGUUCGAGGAUUUAUCUGUAGACGACGAAUUUUCCGACAGAUCAGAGAUCAUGAGAUUCCUAGACUUAGGAGACAGUUGGAGGCUGUACCUGGAGACUGGGAGGUUUUCCGCAGGAUCUGCGUUCUUGUCGUUUUCGCCACAGACAGUGCUACUCUAGUAUGGAUAUUUCAGGUUCUGGUUCGGGAGAGAAGUAAGCUCGUCCCUGUAAUAGAAUCUAAUCCUGGUUGGACGCACACGUUGUGUAAACUCUCCUUGUCCUGUGUUGAACUGCUGGCAAGCUCUUCGGACUCAAUAGCUGCCUCUCUUCGCUUCCUCCAAAUAUACACAAACAAUGCAACCUUUCCAAACAAACCAGAUAUAGUGACAAAUAUUUAUAAAUAUCUGGUUUCUAGAAAAUACUUUAGUUUGGUGAGACUAAUUAUUGAUAGUCGUGUACCUCCUGUACUCAGUGAGACUACUCGGCCGCCGACUCCUUUGGCCGGUGAAAUCCUUCAGAUGGUUCUCAACCCAGUUAAUAUAGCAGUUCAGGCAACGAAUUCGAGUUUUAAAGCUGAAAUAUUCACAAACCUAUCAACUCAUAUUCUUGGAGGAACUCUCUCUGAACAGAUUCAGUUAUUUAUUCUGCCAAGUCUGGCUGUGAGUGAAGAGUUUUCUAUCGGAGCAGUAUUAAAGCACCUGGAGAACACGGGUUCAGGUUCUCUAAGAGUUUCGUCCUCUCCGGAGCUCCUCUACUCUAUCCUGACCCUGAGUAAGGGCAGGUUGGGAAGACUAGAUGAGGAGCAAGGAACAUCAUUUCUGAAUGUGAUCAGUACCUUGACAAGGACCACGCUUGUCCCUGAACUUGAUGAGGAGGGAGAUGAUAGUGAUUCUGAGAGUGAGGCCAUGGAUCAGUCAUCCAACCGAAACCCUUUGAUUGAAACCUCAAUUUGUUUGCUCAACUCGGCUGAGUUUGUGAGCGGGAUUGUGAGCAUUGCUGAAGGUUCGAAAUCCCGAAGCUCUGCUCCAACCUUCUCCGGUUCUCCUGCUAGUGUUAGAUUAGGGAAUACGGAGAAUAUUAGAAAUAUUUGCAAAAUAUGUCAUCAACUACUUAUUUAUAAUCAACAGGGUAUGCAUGACUACUCUCUCCUGCACUCCCUCGCAUUUCGUCCCAAUUUUCUCCGACAGCUCUGGAAUAUAGUUUGCACAACCUCACAACCUUCACUUUUCGGUUCUCCUACUCCGCUCGUUUCAAUCAUAUCCCGAGGAUUGAAGAUGUCCGGACUAGAACGGGAUGAUAUAUCUCCUCCAUUGGCAGUAUUCUGUUCAUUGUUCCGUUACCUCCUAGUUACUAUCCAUGAUACGGAGUUCUAUGGAACCGAGCAGAUUAAUACCAAGCAGAGGAACUGGAUGCCGUUUACACUACCGGAGCUGGUGAGUAUGUCUCUCUCCCUGCGUGAUAUUGCUCUAGGGUUGGUUGAGCUUGCGUUUCCUGAAUCCAGGCCUAGAGUUAGAGAUGAUUACAGACAAGCUGUAAAUUCUGUUCGUGAUACUCCGGAGGAAUCUCGGGACGUUCGAGAUAUCAUCAUCUGGACUCAUCUCUUUAAAACGGUAGUUUCUCUAGUUCGUCAACUGUAUACCAGAGAUACCCGGAGACAGUUCUGUCUUGACGAUCAUUGGAUCAGUAGUGGGAUUACUCUACCUUUAGACCGACCUCAGGACGUAUCCUUCCGAAGGUCUAGAAUACGUGCCUACCGUCCCUUUAGAGGACUCCGAGUGUUUACCCGAGAGGAGUUGGAGGAGAGUGGUCCUCCUCUCACUACCAAGGAGGUGAGACUUGCAACAGUUCUCCGGGAACUUCCCUUCACAAUAUCCUUCAGUCAGAGGGUUCUCCUCUUCCAGAACCUGAUACAGAGGGAUAAACAGGAAUACCAGGGAGAUAGAGUCAAUUUUCUGCAAGGACCAACAAUAGAUAUUCUAGUGAGAAGAAACUAUAUUUACGAAGAUGCCUUUGAGAAACUAUCCGUGGAUAAUGAACCCAACAUGAAGUUGAAGAUGAGAGUUCAGCUCGUCAAUGCUGCGGGGUUGGACGAGGCCGGGAUUGAUGGCGGGGGUCUCUUUAGGGAGUUCCUCAGUCAGCUUCUCAAAGCUGCAUUCGAUCCUAACAGAGGUUUCUUUGUUCUCACCAGGGAUCAACAUCUUUAUCCGAACCCUACAGCUAACCAGAUCCAUCCCAAUGCUGGAGCUCACUAUUUCUUCAUCGGACGUAUUCUUGGGAAGGCUCUGUAUGAAAACCUUUUAGUUGAGCUCCCCCUAGCAGCCUUUUUCCUGAGUAAACUUCUUGGACAGAAACUUGUGAAUGUUGAUAUUGAUCAUCUGGACUCAUUAGACCCGGAGCUGUACAAGAAUCUUCUAUAUCUCAAGACAUACGAGGGAGAUGUUCUGGAUCUAGGAUUAGAUUUUACCAUGGCUGUAGAGGAGUUCGGAGAGACAAGGAUAGAACUACUCAAACCUGAAGGAGAUAGUACUCCUGUUACCUCGGAUAAUAGGAUAGAAUAUAUCCAUCUUGUUGCAGAUUAUAAACUCAACAGGCAGAUUAAAAAUCAAUGCAUUGCAUUCAGGAAUGGACUUGAGGAUGUGAUAGGAUUGGAUUGGUUGAGAAUGUUUAGUCACCGUGAAUUGGAGACUCUUAUCUGUGGAGCUGAACAUGAGAUCAGUGUCGAGGAUCUACAGGCUCAUACUAACUAUUCAGGGGGAUAUACAGCAGAUCAUCUUACUAUAACAGGUAUAAAGGAUAUACAGCAGAUCAUCUUACUAUUACAGAUCAUCUUACUAUUACAGGUAUACAGGAUAUACAGCAGAUCAUCUUACUAUUACAGGUAUACAGUAUAUACAGCAGAUCAUCUUACUAUUACAGGUAUACAGUUAAUACAGCAGAUCAUCUUUCUAUUACAGGUAUAUAGUAUAUACAGUAGAUCAUCUUACUAUUACAGGUAUACAGGAUAUACAGCAGAUCAUCUUACUAUAACAGCUUUCUGGGAGGCCGUUCGAGGCUUUACCGAGGAUCAGAAGCGGUCCUUGCUGAAGUUUGUGACGAGCUGCUCCCGUCCUCCUCAUCUUGGUUUCCGAGAUCUGGAUCCACCGUUCUGUAUUCAUAAUGCCGGGGGGGAUCAGGACAGGUUGCCAACAGCCUCUACAUGCAUGAAUCUUCUUAAACUACCAGAUUUCAAGAAUUCUAAAAUGUUAAGAGAGAAACUGAUUUACGCUAUAGAAGCCGGAGCAGGAUUUGAACUCAGUUAAAUAUACACACUUGUAUCAAAUAUAGUUCUAUCAUUAUAGUCCUGAGGAUUGGGGGAAAAACCCACAAUAAGAUAAUAAAUUUUGUUUAACCAUUUUGUUAAGAAUGUUGUUAGUUUUGUUCAUUGAAAAAGUAUAAUGAAAUUAAUACUGUAAUAUGUUCUCAGUGAUUUUAUAUGUUUGAAUUAAAGUGUUAUGAUGAUUUAA